AUGGGAUGGACUUCUCUGUUAUUUGCUCUCUUGGUGUCUGUUCCUGCAUUAUCCCUUGGUGACCCUCUAUAUAUACUGACAGCUCCCAAUGUUUUCCGAAUUGAAAGUGAAGAAGCUGUGAUUGUGGAAGCUCACAAUGUCAAUAUUAAUAUUGAUGUUGAUAUUCAUUUGAUGAUUUUCCCUGAAAAUAUCUUGUUAUGUCAAACCAAAAUACACUUGACAUCAGAUAACAGCUAUAUAGCUUCUGCCACUGUUAAGAUACCUGCAGAAAAACUUCCAAAGGAAUCCAGAGGAAACCAGUAUGUGUCUUUAGAAGCAACAUCAAAUCGUUUUAGAUUGCAGCGUGUUAUCCUAAUGACACGCCAAACAGGACACAUCUUUAUACAGACUGACAAACCAAUCUAUACACCAUCUCAAACUGUGCUUUAUCGUUUGCUCACAGUGGACAGUGAGCUGAAACCGAGCAGAGCCCAAACAAUUGUUGAAUUUGUGAACCCACAAGGUAUUGCCGUAGAAAGGAGAGAAGUCAUUAUGAAAGAUUCCACGGGAAUUACAGGAAGCACCUACGAUAUACCAGAGAUUGUGAAUAUUGGAAUAUGGAAGAUUUCUGCAAGUUACGAGGAUGCCCCUGAUGCAAAUUUCACAACUCAAUUUGAAGUGAAAGACUAUGUGUUGCCAAGCUUUGAAGUUACCUUGGCUUCCCAACAGCCCUUUUUCCAUGUUAGUGACAAGAAAUUGGAUGUUACAGUCACUGCAAGAUACCCUUAUGGAAAAGAUAUUGAGGGUCGAGCCUUUAUUCUGUUUGGAGUACUGAAAGAUGGUAAAAGAACAAGCAUUGCAAAUUCACUUCAAACAGUGUCUAUUACAAAUGGCCAUGGAAUAGCUAAACUGACUACAGACCAGUUGACUAAGAGUUUUAAUGACAUUAACUCACUGGUUGGGAGUUCAAUCUAUGUCACUGCAAGUGUUAUUACACAUACAGGCACUGACCUUGUAGAAGCUGAAAAAACUGGCAUAAAAAUAGUUGUCAGCCCAUAUACAAUCUCGCUCACCAGAACGUCCAAGUAUUACAAGCCUGGGAUGCCCUUUGACAUGAUGGUCUACGUAACUAAUCCUGAUGGCUCCCCUGCCAAUAAUGUUCCUGUGAAGGUGGAUGGUUAUCAUGGCAGUUCGAACAGUCAAGCUGAUGGAAUUGCUAAAUUGACAAUAGAUACAGAGGGAAAGCCAGUGACCUUAAACAAAAGAGUUUUAACAGAAGUUCCUCAUCUUCCCAAGGAUCAACAGGCAUCUGCAUGGAUAACUAUAAAGCCCUAUAGGACACAAAAUAAUUCAGCAAACUACCUGCACAUUAGUAUUCCAACAACAGAUUUAAGUCCAGGUGCAGAGUUAUCGGUUACACUGCACCCCCGAACUGACGACUUACAAGUCCUGGAGCAAAUAAAAUACUUCACCUACUUGUUGAUUAACAAAGGGAAGAUCAUUAGCUUUGGUAGAAAAGACAGGCUGCCGAAACAAGUCAUGAUGACCAUGAAAGUUCCAAUCAAACCAAAUUUAAUUCCAUCAUUCCGACUGGUAGUUUACUACUAUCUUGUAAAGGGACCAGCGGUGGAAUUUGUUGCCGAUUCUGUGUGGAUUGAUGUGAGGGACACAUGCAUGGGAACACUGGAGGUUUCUAGUGGAAAUCCAAAUGAUGACAAGAGAUUAUACAAACCUGGAGACAGGUUCAAAUUGAAAAUAACAGGUGAUUCUGGUGCAAGGGUUGGACUUGUUGCUGUGGAUAAAGCAGUGUUUGCAUUGAGUAAGAAGAAUAAAAUAACACAGAGCAAGGUCUGGAAUGUGGUGGAGAAGAAUGAUAUUGGUUGCUCUCCUGGAAGUGGUAGCGAUUUCCUCGGUGUUUUCUCAGAUGCAGGAUUAACCUUUGUAUCAAGCACUAACGUCAAGACUGAAACAAGAACAGAGCUGAAAUGUCAACAGCCAAACACACGCAGACGUCGUUCAACAACUUUCGCGAUGGUCAAGUCAGAGAAAUUGAAGAAGUUCACAGACAGAUUGUUGAUUGACUGUUGCAAUGCUGGUAUGAAGGUCAACAUCAUGGGUUUCAGUUGCAGUAGAAGAAAGAGACAUAUAACUGCUGGGAAAGCCUGUGCAGAUGCCUUUGCAGAAUGUUGUGAACACAUUCACCAAUACAGACAGCAGCUUGAUAGAAGCAGUAUGACGUUAAGUCGAAGUGCAGAUGAUGAAUACUACACUCCUUAUGAACAAAUAACAAGCAGAUCCAACUUCCCAGAAAGCUGGCUAUGGAAAAUGAUUUCUCUAAAAACUAAGGAAGAUGGCCUUGCAUCAUCGGAGAUUUCUCAAUACCUUAAAGACUCAAUCACCACUUGGGAAAUACAAGCUGUCAGUGUGUCUCCAACAAAAGGAGUAUGCAUUGCACAACCCUAUGAACUGACUGUAAUGAAAGACUUUUUCAUCGACCUUCGACUUCCAUACUCAGCUGUUCGCAAUGAACAAGUGGAAAUUCGAGCAGUCCUUUACAAUUAUCAUACUUCAGAAAUUCAAGUUCGUGUAGAGUUUCCAUACAAUGAGAAGCUGUGCAGCAGUGCAACACCAUCAAAACGAUAUUCUGUUAAACUCACUGUUCCUGAGCAAUCAUCCACUGUGGUGCCUUAUGUUAUAGUUCCUUUGACUGUGGGAGAAAUAGUAAUUGAAGCCAAGGCCUCAGUUAUGGAUGUCUUUGUGACUGACGGAGUAAAAAAGCCGCUCCAAGUAAUGCCAGAAGGAGUAAAGAUUGAACUCCCAGCAUAUAAUCAAUUUUUGGAACCCAAAGGCAAAACUCAAACAUUUGAUGUUGCCAUCAAUAAGCCAAAUGACAUGGUUCCGAAAACAGAGCCACUGACCCUCAUCAGCGUUCAAGGAGACCUUUUAGCUGAGACAAUUGAAAAUACUAUUGAUGCAAAGAAACUGAACCAUCUAAUCCGUGUUCCAACGGGAUGUGGUGAACAGAACAUGGCAUCAAUGACACCAGUGCUGAUUGUUACAGUCUACCUAGACAAAACCAACCAGUGGAUGAAGUUGGGAGUGGACCUUAGAGAAACUGCAGUGAAGAAUAUUCAACAAGGUUAUACCCAAGAACUGGCGUAUCGCAAGGAAGAUGGUUCUUAUGCAGCAUUUAUCGAACGGCCGUCCAGCACAUGGUUAACUGCCUAUGUAGUUAAGGUGUUUGCAAUGGCACAUAACUUGAUCACAGUUGAUCCACAAGUACUCUGUGGAGCUGUGAAGUGGCUGAUAUUAAACAAACAGAAACCUGAUGGUCACUUCCAAGAGGAUGCUAAAGUAAUUCAUGGAGAGAUGAUUGGAGGAAUUCAUGAAUUGCAGGACUUUUCACCAUUGACUGCAUUUGUGCUGAUCGCAAUUAUUGAAGCUAAGACGGCUUGCAUGCACUAUGUUGUGAGUUAUGAGAACAGCAUCAGGAAAGCAGUUAAUUACCUGGAGCAGCACAUAGAUGGUCUUGAUGGAACAUAUGGUGCAGUACUUUCAGCCUAUGCCCUUUCACUGUUGGGUAUAAAUAGGGAAGACAUUGUAAUGAAAUUUGCUUCACAAGACAAAUCAUACUGGCCAGUGUCAGGAAAUGAAGAUUCUCUGUACACUAUUGAAGCCACAGGAUAUGCCUUUCUGUUCUUCUUGCAACAGAAGCAGUAUGACUAUGCUGGUAAAUUAGUGAGAUGGCUAUCAAGUAAGAGCAAAUAUGGAGGAGGCUUCGAUUCUACUCAGGCGACAAUAGUUGCACUGCAAGCACUGGCCAAGUACAUGACUGAUGUCCCUCAGUUCAAAGAAGCUAACUUGGAUGUACAGGUUUUCAUUCCGAGCAGGAGCAGAUCGGUUUCUUGGAUUUUUGAUACCAGAAAUGCAUAUGUAGCAAGAUCACUAAAGCUCAAUUCUUUUGAAAGGUUUUCUGUCAACGCAAGUGGAGAAGGACAAGGAACACUAAAAGUUUUGACAACUUAUUAUGCAAUGUUGCCUAAGGACCGACAGGAAUGCAAGAAUUUCAACUUGAGCAUAGUUGUUGAAAAUAUUCAGCCUGCCAAGCGACCUGAAGGUGCUCAGAAUACUCUCCUGAUAAAAAUCUGUGCACGCUAUAAUGACAAUAAAGAAUCCUCAAUGGUCAUUUUAGAUAUCUCCAUGUUGACUGGAUUCUCUCCAGAUACCAAUGAUCUUGGUCAACUUAAAAAUGGAAUUGAGAAUUAUAUAUCAAGAUAUGAAAUGGACAAAACAUUAUCCACCAGAGGAUCGCUGAUCAUUUAUUUAGAUUCGGUAUCAAACUUUGAAGACACUUGUGUUGCAUUUAAAGUACACCAAUUCUACAAAGUUGGACUAAUUCAACCUGCCUCUGUCAAGAUCUAUGAAUACUAUGAUACAACAAAGAGUUGUACUAGAUUCUACAAUGUCCCUGGAAACAGCAGUAUGCUUAGUAAAAUCUGUCAAGGUGAUGUGUGCAAAUGUGCUGAAGGAAGCUGCAUUUCCAUAAAGACAGAGAAAGAAGACCCUGAUAAACGUGAUGACAUGUCAUGUGCCCCAGAAACUGAUUACAUUUACAAAGUGAAAUUCCUUGGUAAGGAACAGAGAGACAAUUAUAUUUUCUACAAAAUGCAAAUUCAGAAAAUGAUCAAAGAGGGAAGUGAUUCAGUUGGGGAAGAUAAAUUGCGUAAACUAAUCACACAUGUCAACUGUGAUGGUAAAUUUCACGUGGAAUUGAACAAAGAUUAUCUAAUAAUGGGACAGAGCUCAGAUCAGUGGAAGGUGGAGAACAGAACUAACUACCUGUUUAGUGAAAGCACUUGGAUGGAAAAGUGGCCAAAUGAUGCAGAAUGCCAAGAGCGAAAGUACAGACAACUCUGUCAAGAUCUAGAAUUAUUUUCUGAAAACCUUCGGUUUCACGGGUGUUCGAUUUAAUUACAGUACAGAUAGAAAUAAGUGGAUAAAGACAAGUGUACAACAAUUCCCAAUGAAAGCUUCAUUAUCAAAUUUGUAAAAUUCAAAGUUAGUCUUUUUCACUGCAAAAAUUUGAAGGAAUGAUCAAGAGCAGUAUGGUAUUGAAUGCAAGUUAGUUUAAGUGUAUCUUUUUGAAAGUUAAUUCCAACUUCUGUCAUAAUAGAAUACUAAUGACUAGUUGGCCUUACUGUAAAGAUAAUUAUGCAUUUAACAUGGUGUUCAAGUUCAAUUGUCUAAUAAUUACAGUGUUGCUAUAGUUGUAUUGUGCAAAAUUUAUGUUUGCAAACUUUUAUAGCAAGAGAUAAUUUGUUAAGAAUAUGCUAUUAAAGGAUUUAUCUCACCAAACACAACUUUUGGUAUUCUCAAAUAGGUCUGCAUGAAUUUAAGCCUAUUUCCUUUUGUUCAUUGCAUUUCUUAAUUGACUUUUAUGCUGCACAAUCUAUGUCAAAAGGUGGGUAAUAGUCAACUAUAUUACUAAGUAUUUAGAUAUAGCAGGCCAGUGCAACUAGAUGGAAAAAUGAAUUGUUUAAACACUCUGCAGGAUAUCUGUCAUAGGAUGGAGAUUCUAAGGGAAUGAAUACGAAUCACCAUGCUGUUGUGCAGGAGAGGCCAGUUAAGCAAAGCUGAGCUGUCAAUGCAGAGACAAUAAGUUCUGACAAUGUGUAUUUACAUUUGCUUUUAGGAUGUAGCUGAAUGGUAAAUUAACUUCUCAGAAGGGUAUUAAUGAACCAAAUAGAUCCCAUUGACAAUCUAGUGAAUAAAUUAUUAAUAUACUCACAUUAAUUUUUAUUCCACAAACACUCAGUUACUUGAAUUUAAAUUCCCCAUUUAUGUCUGUUCUGUGAACUAAUUCUAAUCAAAUAAUUCCAAAGUAGGCUUUGCACUCAUAAAAAUAUAUAUAUCCACAAUUCAGGGUAUUGAAUCCCUAGUGGUCGUUAAUGGUUUAAAUAACUUCUAGCUGUGGAUAGUAAGCAGACAGGACUAAUAUUCAAAAUCAUCAAGAACAGCUUAAAUCAGAAUCCACAAUAUUUAUCAAAGACAUAUCUGGGCAAAGUGAAAUAUUACAUAGGAGUCUAUUGGAUCAGUAAAAUAACUAGCAGUGGUUGUAGUCACAAAAGUAGAGUUCAUGUGCAGAACAAGUUGAACAUAAUUGCUUUAAAAACUAGCAGAUUUGUUUGGGAUGCUUUGAAAGCAUACCUCAGGGGUCAAAUAAUUUCCUACACUAUGAAUAUGAAAAGAAAGAAAUAUGAAGAAUGACUUGACCUGGCCAAUCAAAUCAAAGAACUAGACCAACAAUAUGCUCAAAUUAAAACUCCAGAGCUGUACAAAAAACAACUAGAACUCCAAACUAAAUUUGACCUUAUUUCCACUCACCCAAUUCAAUGCCAAAUCUUGAAGACCAAGAGCCGGUUCUGUAUUCAUGGUGACAAAUCUGGUAAAUUUUUAGCCAACAAAUUAAAAGGCUUCAAAGCCAAACAACACAUCACAAAAAUUCAAAUGGAAAACAGAAGCAUCACCUCGAAUCACUCUGAAAUUAAUGAUACAUUCAGGAACUUUUACUCUUGACUUUACACCUCUGAAUCCUCAAUUUUGGUCCAGAAUUUUAAAAAAUAGCUUAAAUAUCCCUACGCUGUCUCUUGAUCUCAAAAUGAGACUGAAUGAGCCAAUAUCAUUAGAGUAAAUAUCCUCAGCCAUCUCAUCACUGCAGUCUGGUAAAUCUCCAGGAUCUGAUGGGUUCCCUGUAGAAUUCUUUAAAUCAUUUUCGUCACUGCUCUUAUCUCAACUAACCUUGGUUUUAUCUGAUUCAUUUAAACAAGGUAAACUGCCAGCAUCUUUUAAUGAGGCAUACAUCAUUCUCCUGGCGAAGAGAGGCAAAGAUCCAACACAGUGCUCCUCAUACAGGCCAAUCUGUCUAUUAAAUGUUGAUGUAAAAAUCUUAGCUAAAGUUCUGGCCCAUAGAUUGGAGAACCCCCUACACUAUUAUUUACGAAGACCAAGCCAGUUUUGUCAAAAACCACCAUGCCUUUUUUAACAUAUCUUUUAAAUAUCUUAUACUCACCUUCAGUUGGGAUUCCUGAAUGUGUUAUCUCCUUAGACAAAGAGAAAGCAUUCAACCAUGCAGACUGGAAUUAACUUUUUGCUGUUUUAGAAAAAUUUGAUUUUGGACUAAAUUUCAUCACUUGGAUUAAACUGUUAUAUUCGUGUCCCACUGCCUCUGUUUUGACCAACUCUCAGCAAUCCCAACCUUUCAAUCUAAAAUGCGGAACCCGCCACGGGUGUCCUUUAAGCCUGUUACAUUUCGAUCUGGCCAUAGAGCCACUGGCGAUUGCAUUCCGCAGUUGUGCAUAUCUGACAGGGAUUUGGAGGGAGAGAGUUGAGCACAAAGUCUCCCUUUAUGCUGACGAUCUUUUACUUUUUAUAUCAAACCCAAUCACCUCAUUACCCCCAUGUUCUCACUCCUUAUCAAAUUUAGCUGUUUUCAGGAUAUAAACUUAAUUUACACAAGAGUGAAUUUUUUCCAAUAAAUGGAGAGGCACAAGAAUCAGAGUUCCAUAACCUCCCUUUUAAGUUAGUGAAUGACCAAUUUACUUACCUUAGUGUCACAGUAACAAGGAAUUAUAAGCAUCUUUUUAGAUAAAAUUUCACUAAUUUGUUAAAUCAUAAAAAACGGAGCCUAGCACAGUGUUCACCCCUGUCCAUGCCCCUGAGGCCAGUGACUAGCGGGGUGCCUCAGGGAUCUGUUUUGGGCCCAAUGUUGUUUGUAAUAUACAUAAAUGAUCUGGAUGAUGGGGUGGUAAAUUGGAUUAGUAAGUAUGCCGAUGAUACUAAGGUAGGAGGUGUUGUGGAUAAUGAGGUGGAUUUUCAAAGCUUGCAGGGAGAUUUAUGCCGGUUAGAAGAAUGGGCUGAACGUUGGCAGAUGGAGUUUAAUGCUGAGAAGUGUGAGGUUCUGCAUUUUGGCAGGAAUAAUCCAAAUAGAACAUAGAGUAAAUGGUAGGGCAUUGAGGAAUGCAGUGGAACAGAGAGAUCUAGGAAUAACUGUGCAUAGUUCCCUGAAAGUGGAGUCUCAUGUAGAUAGGUGGUGAAGAGGGCUUUUGGAACGCUGGCCUUUAUAAAUCAAAGCAUUGAGUACAGAAGUUGGGAUGUAAUGCUGAAGUUGUACAAGGCAUUGGUAAGGCCAAAUUUGGAAUAUUGUGUGCAGUUCUGGUCACCGAAUUAUAGGAAAGAUAUCAAUAAAUUAGAGAGAGUGCAGAGACGAUUUACUAGGAUGUUACCUGGGUUUCAGCAAUUAAGUUACAGAGAAAGGUUGAACAAGUUAGGUCUCUAUUCAUUGGAGCGUAGAAGGUUGAGGGGGGAUUUGAUCGAGGUAUUUAAAAUUUUGAGAGGGAUAGAUAGAGUUGACGUGAACAGGCUGUUUCCAUUGAGAGUAGGGGAGAUUCAAACUAGAGGACAUGAUUUGAGAGUUAGGGGGCAG